GAAUUCUACAAAGCAUAAUCGAGAAAGAAAAAGAAGUUCGUCUUUUGCAAGUGAAGAACACAUCUUUGGUCGAGGACAAACUUUUGCAAUGUUGGGUCGGAUAAAUACGGAAUAUUUAACGACGGGAUGUGCACUGUGUUUUUUUGUCGCAUUGUUAUUGUUAAAUACUUGGAUCGUCUAUAAAGAAAGUUGGUGCCAAGAUGGUAGCUUUAUUUUGGAUGAAGUGUUUGCGUACGAUCGUGAUGAAAAGCCAAUCAGAAGAAGAGAAGCUGCAAUCGCUGGUGGUUUAAAAACUCAACCAGUUUUCCUUCUCAUUGGGAUACCUACCGUGUUUCGUGAGUACAAAAACAACACCGUGUUUUAUCUACCACGCACGUUAAAAGCAUUAAUCAACCCCCUGACGGAAAAAGAGAAAGAAACCAUGCAAAUUUUAAUAAUACUGGCUGAUCGAGAUAACAAGAAAAGAAAAUAUAUUUACGAACAAGUUACGGCUCUUUUCGGCGAUGAGCUAAAGAACGGAUUAAUCAACGUUAUCGGGAUUCCCGAUCGGUUUUAUUUGCAACUUUAUGACUUGCCAAGAACAUACGGCGACUCUGCUCGAAGGUUGUACUGGCGCUCAAAACAAUCAUUAGAUUAUGCGUAUAUAUUUAAUUAUGCUCAUAAUUUGUGUCAAUACUAUAUGCAAAUCGAAGAUGACGUCAUCGCUGAAUAUGAUUAUUAUCACGUGAUCAGGCAAGACAUAAAAGAACACAACGAAAAAACUAUUGGUGAAAGUCGGGAUGUAUUGCCCUGGGAGGAUAAGCAAGCAAAACAACCCUGGAUGGUUUUGGAAUAUUACAAACUCGGAUUCAUAGGUCGACUGAUACCUUCCUUUUAUCUUCCAAUGCUUUCGACUUUUGUUCGAACGUUUUACAACGAGAUGCCGGUUGAUUGGCUGUAUCCACAUUUGGCGGGAAUGAUGGGCAUCCCUGCUGGUAAACUCGAGCACAGUCUUUUCACGCACAUUGGUAAACAAAGCUCAUCUGCGGGCACAUAGUGAUAUUUUGUUUAUUCCCACACUACUAAUGUAUUAACCUGUGAGACGUAACAUUUAUCAACGGCGGGAAGGCCAUGGACAUGUCUCGAUUAACCAGAGAUAUAUAUGAAUGUAUAUGUAUUUUCCACGAACGAUAAGUUUGCCUAUCAAGACCUUUCCUAAUAUUUGCUGUUGUUGAAACUUUUGUUAUUUUUCGUUAUCUUUGGAUUCAGUAUGGUUGAAUUAACACGCGGUAAAACUUUAA